AUGAUGUUGCCAAUUGUUAUGUUGGCAUCUGGUGUAGCAAACACCAUUUUGUCCAAGUAUCAAGAUAGCCUUGCAGAGGAUGCUGGGCCAGUGAAAAGUAUGGCUAUCUUUCAAAGCCUGAACAUAUUUUUAGGAGAAGCUUGUUUAUGGCUUUAUGUGUUCUAUCGACGCUACUCUAGGGGAUGGCGUUAUGAAUCACUAGAACGUUUAACUCUUAAAGAGAAGGCUACUUUGGCAUUGCCAGCUAUCAUGGACAUUUCUGGCUCGACUUUGAUGAAUGUUGGCUUGUUGUUUACGAGUGCCAGUAUUUACCAAAUGACAAGGGGAUCUUUAAUUAUAUUCGUUGCCUUAUUUUCAAUUACUUUCUUAAACAGAUACAUUGGUCGUAAUCAGUGGCUUUCUUUGGCUUUCGUAGUGUUUGGCGUUACCAUCGUGGGCUAUUCUGGCUCCACUGCGAAUGUUGGAUCAAACCCCAUGCUAGGUAUCACGGCGGUACUCAUUGGCCAAGGAUUUUUAGCCAUUCAGUUUACCCUUGAAGAAUACAUUUUGUCUUACAUCCAUGUCGAUCCUCCCGAGUUGGUUGCCUACGAAGGGACUUAUGGUGUCGUCUUUGUUCUCCUUGGCAUGGUUCUUUCUUAUUAUUUUAUUGGAUCUACGGAGGCUGGACGCUACGGUUGGUUUGACUACUCUCACGUUUUCUCACGACUGAAUGAACUUCCUAUUCUUUACUUCAUCUCCUUUGUUAUUCUUGUUUCCAUUGCCUUUUUUAACGUUAGUGGCCUGUCCAUCACACAAAUGUACUCUGCAACCACGCGUUCUCUUCUCGAUAUUGGCCGUACGUUUGGUAUCUGGAUUAUUGCCUUGCUAUUUGGAAUGGAAUCAUUCCAUCUCCUGCAAUUUGCUGGAUUUGUGUUGCUCAUCUUUGGAAUUGCAACCUAUCACUCAAUAAUUAAGUUUCCUUAUGCUGAAGUAUAA